AUGGGUUGGCCAUAUCGCUUCCUCGAUCUCUCGCAAGACGAAGUCCAUCUUCGCAGACAGACGUUGGACCGAUACGGUGGUUACGCGCUGUAUUCGGCUUUCACGCCUAUCCUCUUGGCAUUGGUCUUCCGGCUUUGGUCCUAUCUCAGUCGACGCUGGCAGGCGAGUGCUGCCUAUGAUGCCGUUCCGAACUCGCCCGUCUUGAAAAAGAGGAGGCAGAGCUGGAGCGGCAGCUGGGAUGCCAGGAUCAGGAAGGCAAAGUGGUGGCUGGCUGAUGAUGUCUACUUCAUGGGCCAGCAUUGGGGUCAGAAGGACCAAUGGGUCUUUGGUCUGGCCUGGGCAUCAUGGCUGCUUGUUCUGAGUGUGCUGGAGACGGGCAAUGACUAUCUGCAUCUUACCAAGCGCUUCGGCAUCAUUGCCGCCUCCCAGAUCCCAUUUCAGUAUCUUCUGGCGUUGAAGAGCUUCAGUCCCGUCGCCAAGGUCUUCCGCACAUCCCACGAGGAGCUGAACAAAUGGCACCGCGUCCUCUCCCGCGUGACGCUCUCUCUUCUCGUGCUCCACGCCGUUUUCUACAUGAACUUUUUCGUUGAGAAGGGCAUCGUCCAGAAGCGCCUUUUCGCACCCGUCGUCUUCGCCGGCGUAGUCGCUUUCGCGACCAUGAACAUGAUGACCUCGACGGCCGCCGCCGCCGUCCGCAGGUUCUCCUAUCGAAUCUUCUUCGUCACUCAUCUCAUUGGCGCCUUCGCAAUCCCACCGCUGGUGUUCUUCCACGCCAAAUCGGCCCGGAUCUUCAUGGCAAAGGCCAUCAUCGCCUUCCUCAUCGACCUCACCGUCCGCCGUUUGCGCACGGUGACGGCGUCCUCCAAGCUCGAAACCAUCCCCGGGACGAACCUGGUCAAGGUCUCGGCUUCGAUCCCUCAGCAAAAGAUCAAUGCGUUCCAGAACCGCCCGGGUUCCCACAUCUAUCUCAGCGUCCCUCCCGCAGCACGAUCCAGUUCCGGCCAGUCAUCCUCCAAGGCGAUGCUGUUCGAGUUCCUCUUCAACCCGUUCACCGUCGCCUCCGUCGACGAAGAGAAUGGCAGUCUCACCCUGGUAGCUCGACAACUGGACGGGCCUUUGACCAAACAUCUGGGCCUCUUCGCAAACGCGGGCGCUGGCGUCGACGGCGGCAAGGUCCCGCUGUGCAUCGAAGGCCCUUAUGGUGCCGCGUCCCUCCACUUCGACACGCUCAUCGGCUCUGCCGUCGACCGCGUGCUGCUCGUGGCCGGCGGUGUGGGCGCGACCUUCACCGUCCCAAUCUACCAGGCCAUCCUCCAGGAUAAUCCCAACGCCAAGGUCGAAUUCGUCUGGGCCGUCCGCGGCGCAAGCGACGCGACCUGGGCCGUGGAGGCCAACGAAGCCCCCCAGAGCAUCCUCGACGACCCCAACGUACACAUCUACCUCACCGGCGACGCCCUCCACUCGGACUCGACAGGGCCCAUGGCUGGCCUCCCCGCCGAGACGAACCCGGACGGCGAGAUGGAGAUGACCGCCAUGCCCCACGACCGCAAGCAGAACCGCUUCGCGAGCGCUCGUUACCGCCGGCGCCCGGACCUGCGCAAGAUUGUCGACGACUUCUUCAGGCAGGGUGCCGAAGAGAGGGUUGCCGUGCUCGUGUGCGGGCCCGCCGCCAUGGGCCGGGAGGUGCGGGAGUACGUUGGCACGUGGGUCAUGACGGGCCGCGAUGUGGUGUGGCACAACGAGGGUUUUGGGUGGUAG